UUUAUCUGACGCAUGCGCAGUCACUAAUUGUCAAAUUGUUGAAUGCAAAUGGUCGCUGUUUCGUGUUUUGUUUUGAUUUUUGAUUUCGAUUUUGGAGUGUUGGUGUUGUUCUGCAAGGAUUACUUCAGCAAUUUCAACAAAUUAACUACAAUUUAGUGAAAACAAAAUCAGUUCUUUUCAGAACUUCGCGUCUGCGGGGUCAGAGAGAAUGGAACUUGCUCGGGUAUUCGAGAGUUCAAGUUCUUCCUCUGAUGAGGAAUUGGGUGACCUUUUAGUGGUUGUGGAUAGGGUGAAAGUAUUCAGAGAUAGACGUAACCCUUUCGAAAUAUAUAGUGAAGCUGAGUUUCGUGAUCGAUACCGUUUUUAUAAAGACACUGUGAGACACAUUAUUACUUUGAUUGAAGACAACAUUGCCCCCAUGACCUUAAGAAAUUGUUCGCUUUCUCCUGCAGAUCAGCUACUUAUCGCUUUGAGGUUCUACGCAACAGGAGCAUUCCAAAUUCUCGUUGGUGAUGACUAUGGUGUCCACAAAAGUACAGUAUGUCGUGUGGUACAACGAGUAUCUGAACAUCUAGCAGGGAUGUGCCCACAUUUUGUGAAAAUGCCGGAAAACCAGCAAGAAAAACUACUAGUGAAGACAGGUUUUCAUGCGAUACGAGGCUUUCCAAAUGUUAUUGGUUGUGUGGAUGGUAGCCAUGUUCCCAUAACAUCACCUGGUGGAGAAAAUGCUGAGCUAUUCAGGAAUCGGAAAACUUAUUUCUCCAUCAACGUGCAAGCUGUUUGUGAUUCAAAGUUAAACAUACGUGAUAUUGUUGCACGUUGGCCAGGAUCUACACAUGACAGCACAAUAUGGAACGCUUCACUCUUAAGUGCAAGAUGUGAAAAUAGAGAAUUUCAAGGGUCGUACAUACUUGGAGAUAGUGCCUAUGGUUGUACACCUUAUUUAAUGACCCCUCUUCUAAAUCCAACAACUCCAGCAGAACGUAAUUAUAAUGCAGCCCACAAAGCAACUAGAAAUUGUAUCGAGCGUUGUUUCGGGAAUUGGAAACGAAGGUUUGCAUGUCUAUCUCUGGGACUACGAACAAAAUUGGAGAACACCUUGACAAUCCUAGUAGCAACUGCAGUGCUGCAUAAUAUUGCCAUUAGCCAAAAUGAUCAAGCUGACGAUUUUGAAGCAAUCCAGCAAUAUGAAGAUGUGGAAAAUGACAUUAACAAUGACAAUUUUCCAGGUGGCAAUGCUGCAAGGAGAGCACUAAUAGACACAGUUUUCAGGCACUUGCACUGAUUGCAUCUGGAAUUUGCGUUUUUGGGCUGUUCUUCCUUUGACUGGCUGCUGAGGAGGGGGAGAAGGAGUUGCAG